CUGCCGCAUCUCGCCUCCAGCCAUGGAACUGAGAUACCUCUAGAGUCAAUGUACCAUCGUAUCACUCGAUUCCAGGACCAUAUUUUGAAGAAUUACAAUGAUAACUUCUGCAGGAUAUGACAGAAAGUGGUUAGCGAUCAUCAUUACAGCCAUUUACGUUUGUGUGGCUGUAUGUAUCAAUCCACCAACACUAACUAGUAGCUGGAUAUCAAUAUCUGCUUAUACGAACCCGGAAGUGACAUAUGACCAUGGUCUCGGAGAAGUGCCAAUGAAAGUUGACGUCCAGGUCCGUGUUAGAGAUACGACACAAAAUAAGGAUGUUAUCUUCAACGCCAUUAGCUCAGGCCAUAGAGGAAAUGACGACAGCUCAGAAUUCGGCGGAGUCAUAUACGUGUACAAUGCAAACCAAGUUAGGAUGUUUGCCCCUGGCGCCUCUAGCGGCAGUGGAAUGGGGAAACUCGUACAUCUAGGCGGAUCAAAGUACGUUGGACCGACUAUAACAGGCGACUUCUCUUCGGGACAGGUUCGAGUUCGUCUGUGGAAGAAAUGCGACUUUGCAAAACCAACCUACGUAUCUGAUCUAGUAACUCUUAGCAAUACGGAUGAGGAGUCCUACCAGGAAGUAUACCAUUCCGUCGGUUCCGAACCAGACCUCGUGAUCGUACAGAUCUUCCUUGACAACGAUUGGGUAACGGAUGCUCAGGGUAUUUCAUUCUAUUCUGAACGAUCGACCUCAUUUGGUGGUGUGGUGUUUGCGUUUGGAAAGGAUAGUAUUCGGUUAUGGACACCAAUGAAGGGAUCGGGAUCUACUUCUAACGGUGUGGUGUUUAAUGCGGUUGACGGCUGGGGUAAUGGCGGUGAGUUCAUGUAUGAUGAUGCAGCUACUGCGCGGAUAUGGGCAUGGGGCUUCGGCGACCUGGAUCAUUAUCCUACCAAAAUAUUGUCCUACUAUAAGAAUCUCCCAAAUGACGGCACCGUAAAGCUAUCGGAGACGAUCAUUGACAGAUGGUUUCGUAACAGUAAAGACAUGACCAAUGAAGAAAACAAUGUACAAGUGGAAACCGGCACCAACGAUGGCUUCAACUUCUAUGCUGCCGGUACAGCACCAACCAUAGACGGCCUGGGGUCGUCAGUAUUUUACGCCGGUGUUAUUUACGGCAUUAUGGAUGAUACAAUCAUGAUGUGGCACCCGGAUGAUACUGAGACGCAGGGCUGUCUGGCCAUGGUGUACGGACAAUGGGGAAACGGAAAUGAGAAUCAGUGUAUAAAAGAGAGCGACUCCCAAAUAGUGAUACAACUCGCCUACGCCGACGUUAAUGCCAAGUCGUGCGAGCAGCCAGAAGAGGGAGUCAACUGUACAAUGACAGUGAACGGAUUAACCUUUAAUGAGAAAGUUACUUACGAGUGUGCCAGUCAAUAUGACGUCCAAAGUGGCGACUUGGAGAGGAUAUGCCAGGCAAACCAGAAAUGGAGUGGACAACCACCAGUAUGCGCACGUAGUUGUGGUGACCCAAAUGAAAAUUCCACGACAGUAAAACGAACAAAUGAUGGUUUGACUGUUGGAGUAACCGCUACAUUCGAAUGUAUCAACGGAUAUGAACCUGAUAGUGGAAACUUCAGCAGGGUAUGUCAGAUCGACGCGACUUGGAGCGGUGUUCAUCCAGUAUGUAAAAGAGUACAGUGUGGCAUACCACAAAAUGCUACCGGUACUAACAGUCAGCUCUCAUACAACAACACGUUGUUUGAAUCUAACGCAAUAUAUACCUGUGACGUGGGUUACCACUACGCAAACAAGACGUCGUUCCAGACAAUAUGCCUGGCUGAUCGCAAUUGGUCACCGAUGAGCUCCUGUCAAAAGGUGAUAUGUCCCGCUUACCCAUUGGGAGUGAAGGCGGAUAUCACGUCAGUUCAAGGAAUUGAAUAUGGAAAUGUCAUCGAGUACGAGUGUAAAUAUGGAACAAUGCUUUUGUCAGGAACACUUCUGAGCACUUGCCAAUCUGACACCUCCUGGAGUGGGGCAGCACCAGUUUGUCAAGAUAUCGUUUGUUCUGAUCCCGGUGAGGUAAAUAACGGAACAGUGUUCUACCUCGAUACAAACUACAACGGUAUGGUGAUUGUUGGGUGUGACCAGGGAUUCGCAAUAGAGUUUGGGGAUUCAUCGAGGACCUGCGGAAAUGGCGGACAAUGGUCUGGUACAAAACCUUACUGUGGUGAGGUUUACCAGGUGUUCUUAAAUCCUGUCAAUGGAACCCCUCCGAAUCUCCCAUCCCUCGGUAUAGGCGGUUCACCUAGCAAAAACCCUCCCUUAACAGAAAAGGAUAUCCUCCUACUCAAAAUCCCAUUAAAGUCAACCAAUCGCUACAAGCGAACAUUAUAUAGUGUUCCUGAUGAUCGCUGGGUCUCCAAACUCAUCGGGUUUACUGGAAUUGUGAUUGUUUCACUUCCAUUAAUUUUCACUAUGGCAAUUGAUACACUGGAUUACAUGAUGCGAAAUUCCAUGACACCCAACACCAAUAAAGUAGGCGGAAGUGGAAGCGGAAGUGGCAACAGCGGAAACGGAAAUACAAGUGGAAAUAGUGGACAGAUGGCAAAGAACACUACUAAAAAGGAUAAAACAUCGCCCAAAUCAAAGAACGAAACGAACGCCGACAAUGGAUCUGAUCACCCUAUAUAGACAUAUCCUUUAUAAUUACAUUUGGACCAUAUCUCGUACCACUCCAGGAAAAGAGGAAAUUGCCGUCUAAUCACAUGAA